AUGCAACAAUUGACAGAUAAGAGUACUGAUACAGAACUACACAUACAUAAAAGAAACAUCAAGACAAACAUCCGACUCAUUCUAUUCCCGUUCAUACUCUGUUUGUUGCUUGUUCUCAUCCAACAAUUGGUGAACAACGAACUAGAUAGUCCCUCAAACAGAUGUGGCUGCACUUGUGUAGAUACUGGGAAUGGCCAAUGUGAAAGAAGGUGUGGUGUUGAGUACUCAGAUUUGGACCAAAUCGGCUCCUGUCCCAUCCCUCAUCCCCCACAAUGGCCCCCAUUACUACAGUUACCUGCCCUGCAGUACCGUGCAGUGAGAACAGAUGUUAUGCCAUAUGGAGACUUGCCUGAUGAGUCAUGCAGAAGAACAGGUGUGGCUGCCAACUUGUUUUCAACACCAUUAAAUAUAAAUACCUCAGAUGUACUGUACAGCUUAGCAGAUGAUGCCUUGGGUUCAGAAACAAUGACUCGUUAUACCAAUUUUAUUGACGAAGCUUUUUUCUCCAAUGAGAUUGAUAUUCUUCAAGCUCAAUGCACAUCGAAUUCUCAAUUUGCUAUUCCCCUCCGGUUAGGUUCUGUUACAUUACAGCAAGAUGUACGUUGCAUUCGGGGACUGCGUUUAUGGCGUAAUAGUUCUUCAGAGAUAAACAAUGAGCUAUACAGUGGUUACAAUAGAGGGAAUUCAGAAAGGCGGAUUAAUGAGAUUGUAGCAGCCUAUGAUUUUAUGAAUUCAAAUGAGAAUCUAUUCAAUGUUACUGUAUGGUACAAUUCUACAUAUAAGAAUGACACAGGCAAUCUGCCUAUUGCCUUGACACGAGUGCCUCGUGCGGUGAAUUUGGUAUCAAAUGCCUAUCUCGAAUUUCUGCUCGGUCCAGGUACAAGAAUGCUUUUCGAGUUUGUCAAAGAAAUGCCAAAACCUGAAACAAUCCCCAGGCUUGAUUUAUCUUCUCUCCUUGGGACGCUGUUUUUUACAUGGGUUAUCGUACAACUGUUCCCUGUCGUGUUAUUAUCAUUGGUUUAUGAGAAACAACACAGACUGAGAAUUAUGAUGAAAAUGCAUGGACUUGGUGAUGGGCCAUAUUGGAUGAUAUCGUAUGCAUAUUUUCUUGCAAUAUCUUCGAUCUACAUGUUAUGCUUUGUGAUUUUUGGCUCACUCAUAGGUCUAAACUUCUUCCGGCUAAAUGAUUAUAGCAUCCAGUUUGUGUUUUAUUUCAUCUACAUAAACUUGCAAAUCUCUAUGGCUUUCCUUGUUGCUGAUUUGUUUUCAAACGUGAAAACUGCUACAGUUGUGGGCUAUAUCAUGGUGUUUGGAACUGGGCUCCUGGGUGGUUUCCUUUUCCAGUUUUUUCUCCAAGAUUCUUCAUUCCCGAGAGCUGGGAUAAUUGCUAUGGAGUUAUUUCCUGGAUUUUCUCUUUAUCGUGGGUUGUACGAGUUUUCCCAAUACGCGUUUACUGGAAAUGAUAUGGGAACUGACGGCAUGCGAUGGACUGAUCUAAGUGAUAGUAACAAUGGAAUGAGAGAGGUCUUGAUCAUUAUGGCAGUGGAAUGGGUAGUUGUUCUCUGUGUUGCAUAUUAUGUAGAUCAAGUUACGUCGUCUGGUAAAAGUCCUUUGUUUUUCCUAAAGAGGCGUAGAAAGGGACUCUCGUCAUCCUUCCGUAAACCUAGCUUGCGGAGGCAGGGGUCUAAAGUUUUUGUUCAACUGGAGAAAGCUGAUGUUCAGCAAGAGAUGAUUGGGCUUAUAAAGCCAAGUUCUGGGACUGCAUACGUAGAAGGACUGGAUAUACGUACUGAUAUGGACAGAAUAUAUACUAGCAUGGGUGUGUGUCCUCAGCACGAUUUACUGUGGGAAACUUUAACGGGAAGAGAGCACCUACUGUUCUAUGGAAGGCUUAAGAAUCUCAAAGGGGCUUCCCUAACACAAGCCGUAGAAGAAUCUCUGAAGAGUGUAAAUUUAUUUCACGGUGGGGUGGCCGACAAACAAGCUGGUAAAUACAGUGGAGGCAUGAAGAGGAGACUUAGUGUCGCAAUUUCACUUAUUGGAGAUCCCAAGGUGGUUUACAUGGACGAGCCGAGUACUGGGCUGGAUCCAGCUUCACGAAACCUGUUGUGGAAUGUCGUGAAACGAGCAAAACAAAACAGAGCUAUAAUCCUCACCACACAUUCGAUGGAAGAAGCCGAGCAUUUAUGUGAUCGUCUUGGGAUUUUCGUUGAUGGAAGCUUGCAGUGUGUUGGAAACCCUAAAGAGCUCAAGGCUAGGUACGGAGGCUCGUACGUAUUCACGAUGACAACAUCUGCUGAUCACGAUGAGGAAGUCGAGAAUCUGGUUCGACACCUGUCACCUAGCGCCACCAAAAUCUACCAAAUCUCGGGGACACAAAAAUUCGAGCUGGCGAAGCAAGAAGUAAGAAUUUCGGACGUUUUCCAGGCGGUGGAGAAAGCAAAGAGUCGGUUCGCGGUUCAGGCGUGGGGCUUGGCUGACACGACAUUGGAGGAUGUGUUUAUUAAGGUUGCAAGAGGGGCUCAGGCGUUCACCAGACUCUCGUGAUAGAUAAGUGUUGACCAUUUUUUUAGCUGAAUUUUCCUCGUGUAUGUGCUGAUUUUGUGCUUCUGCAUGAUAUGUUACUUCUCUCGUUUUUUGUGUACUGUGCAUUUUUUGCUUUUAGCGGAUGUAAAUGCGAUUGUAUACUUUUGAUUAAUUAAAUAGACACGAUUUUUAUAUGGAAGUGGAGACGUGAAAUGAGUGUUGAAAGUUAGAAAGUUAAGGUGUGGUUGGAUAUGGAUAUGAUUGGUUUUUUUUUUUUUUUAAUUAUAGUUAAUUUUGAAAAAUGAGAUAUGGUUAGUUAUUUGUGAGAAUUUAAGUUUAAAUUAAAAUAAUAAUUAAAA